UCUGUCUGCCUGGUUCUACGAAUGCAGUUAACGCAGUUACAAUAAAACAAAGUGAAUACAUGGAUAAAAGUUUUUACAGAGAUUUAAUAUCUGAAAUGUAAAUAUGCUUCUAAUCUGUAACCAAACCCGUCAAGAGGAUGACAGUCUGUCAGUUCGUACUUUCACAAAAUUUCAUUAAAGUGAAAGUUACCAUGGAAAAUACAACCAGAAGACCAAGACUGUCUAUCAUGAAUGGUAUUCGUUAUCCUGAAAUGUUUUCCCCAAAAUGCUUCAAGGAAGCUCUGGAAUAUAAGCCAACACCAGAAGACGUGAUCAUUUCUACAUAUCCAAAAUGUGGUACCACCUGGAUGCAGAAUGUUGUUCUCUACAUCUUGCGUAAAGGAAAAGAACUGGAACACCCUAAUGAUUUCACAUAUAUUGUGCCGUUCAUAGAUUUGGUCGGAAUGGAAGGUAUUGAGAAAAUGCCACGUCCAGGAGCUAUCAAAACUCACCUUCCGUAUUCUCACAUGCCAUAUUCUCCAGAAGCAAAAUAUAUUUUUGUGGCUCGAAAUCCCAAGGAUUGCUGCGUCUCUCUUUACUACCAUGUCAGGGAUGAUCCUGGAUAUGGUUACUGGAGAGCAACAUUUAGUGAAUACUUCGAGUUGUUCAUGGCAGGUGAAUUAGAGUAUAACGAUUAUUUCAAUCACAUUUUGGAUUGGUAUCCUCAUCGCAAUGACACAAAUGUGUUCUACACGACAUUCGAAGAAAUGAAAAAGGACAUUAAAAGCGUCAUCUUGAAGCUUUCAAAGUUCCUCGGGCCAGAAUAUAUAGAUGCUAUCGAGAAAGACAACACUGUCCUUAAUAAUAUUGUACUUUAUAGUGGAAUCGAUUACAUGAAGAGUUUAUUUGCCAAAUUAUUUGAAUCUGAAAUGAAAGAUAUUCCUGAUCGUCCAAUGCUAGCUGGUCGUAAGUAUAUGUAUAACUUUAAAAAAUCUUUAAAUCCUCCAGACGAUAUUCCAAAGCAGGAAUUCGUUCGUAAGGGAAUCAUUGGAGAUUGGAAAAAUCACUUUUCUUCCGAUCAAAAUGAUAGAAUCAAUCAAAAGUUCUUGGAAAAAAUGAAGAACACGGAAGUUCUACAAUGGUAUCCAAUGGAAUAAAGUUCUUUAGUAAAGUUAUUUCUAGAUUAUACGGAAUAAAAUGAUGGAAAGCUCUAUUAUCCAAAAGAUGGUAGCCACUUGGAAACGUUUCAUUUUGUUAAAUGUUAGCCAUCCAGAAUAUUAUUACAUUUAUAUUUCAUUUCAUGAUUCUUUUAAAAUCGUAUUCUUCAAUUUAUAUUGAACUGUAUUUUUGUGAUAUUUAUUAUUAAG